AUGAGCUUUGACAUAUUAGACCAUGAUGUAGGGCGUGGCAACGACGUUGAAGAGGUGAGGGUUGGGGCAGUGGCAGUAUUUGAUGGUCAUAUUGGUUCCUCUGCUAGUAAUAUGGCUGCAAGGAUAUUUUUGGACAAGUUUAUGGUUAACCUCAAUAACAACAGUAUUGAACAAUCUUCUGACUUUAAGGAAAUACUAAAAUCUUCUUUAGUAACAACCAUUGAUGAUAUUGAUGCAGAAUUCACCAAGGUUGCUUUCGAAUAUCAUCUUUAUGCGGGUUCUACUGCUGUUGUUGCCCUCAUAUAUAACAAUCAUGUUUUAGUUGCAAAUGUUGGUGAUUCAAAGGCUUUUCUUUGCUAUCAGAAAGAAAUAUCUCAUGAAGACGAUGAGGAUGCUGCUUCCUUGGGUGAUCUUUUCGCCAAGGAGUUGACGAGUGAUCAUAAUGCACAUAGGUUGGACGAGAAGGCUAGGGUUGAAGCUUCUGGAGGUGUAUUUAAAUCCAUCCUUGAUUUUGUUCCUCUUCUCAUGGGCCACUUUCCCAUGACUCGAGCUAUUGGUGAUGUUCCUUUGAAAAAAUAUGGCAUCAUAGCUGAUCCAGAGGUGACUGAUUGGCUAUCUUUAACUUCAAAAGAUGAGUUUUUGGUGGUGGCAUCUGAUGGAAUAUUUGAAAGUGUAACUCCCCAAGCAGUGUGUGAUUUUCUAAAUGAAGUAGAGGACUAUUCAAAUCCAUCAUUAUUGGCUCAUCAACUCAUUCAGAAAGCAUAUUUAGAAGGCAGCAAUGAUAAUUUAUCAGUCGUUUUGGUUCCAUGGGGGUUUACCCAGUGCGCAAGUGCUCAUCCAAAGGGCAGAGAGGCUGUGGCAGAGGCCGUAUCGGUUGCGGUUAUCGUUCCAAAAAAAACUCUCAUCUUGUUAAAUAGUCGUGAUUUGGUGAUGGGAAGUUUGAACCUUUGCUAUUUAAGUGGACAAGGAUGGAUAAGGACACUUCUCUCGACAUUUUCCAAUUUUGAGUCUGCAAUGCUACAUUGA